AUGGACAGCCGUAGCAGAACCCGCAGCAAGCCUCAAAGGAGCCAGCGGUAUCGCAGCACCAGCAGACCCCGGAUGGACAGCAGAAGCCGUGCCAGGGAGACCCGAAAGGAUAGUCGUAGCCGCAGCAACGGCAUGCGUGGUUCGGCCCGAAGCCGCAGCCGUGGGAGAGGAAAUCCGCAGCCCGCGUAUCGGAUUCCUCCUCCUGCCAAGCGAGCAGACCCAAAGAAGGAGGCUACGAUUACGGAGGAGCAAAGACAGAACUCCAUUCCUUUGGAUGGCUAUUUGUACGCCACCAUCGACUUCACCAGUCCGCAAGCUCAGCCACCCUGGACGACUGAGCCGGAUGCACGAUACACGUACCAGACCAAGACUGACAUCUCGGUGAUCCGGGCCAAGAACCUUCCUUCUGGUUGGGAAGUGGCGCCAGCAACGGAAGCUGUGAUACGAGAGGUUAUCAAGCCGCAUGCCUGGGGCACGCACCUGCUGGUCACGGAAGGUUGCAAAGCUUACUGGACAGCCGGAGGAAACAAUCCCGGCUGCUUAGAAGCGCUGUGGGACUAUGAGAAGCUCCCUGGGAGGUACACAUUGAAAGCAAAGUUUGGGCAAAACGCCGCGCUGCAUGGCAUCAUUCUCAUCAAGACCAUCUCGAAGGUGUCGCAAUAA